GGUGGUUCGGUUUCUGGUCUGGCAAGAGCGGGAAGCGGUUCUGGGACGGAGGAUUGCCGGCGACCUCUGGUGGCGGCCAGGCCUAGUCGAGCCGGCCGCCGCAGGACCCAAAUGCGGGAGCUUCGAGUUCCCCGGUGUGAGCCGGCUCCACCCUCAGGUGGUUGGUUUGAACUUCGAACCUCUUGUAGUCCUGAUGAACAGUUUCGCUUUCCUCAAGUUUAAGACACUUGGAACUUCAAGAAUUGGAGGUUAAUGCAGUUUGAGACCGGUCAGCACUGAGCAGAGUUCAGAGGACUAAGAGACAGAGAGUAAAAUGGCUUCCAGAGGAAAGACAGAGACAAGCAAAUUAAAGCAGAAUUUAGAAGAACAGUUGGAUAGACUAAUGCAGCAAUUACAAGACCUAGAGGAAUGCAGAGAGGAACUUGAUGGAGAUGAAUAUGAAGAAACCAAAAAGGAAACUCUGGAGCAACUAAGUGAAUUUAAUGAUUCACUGAAGAAAAUUAUGUCUGGAAAUAUGACUUUGGUCGAUGAACUAAGUGGAAUGCAAUUGGCUAUCCAGGCAGCUAUCAGCCAGGCCUUUAAAACCCCAGAGGUCAUCAGAUUGUUUGCGAAGAAACAACCAGGUCAGCUUCGGACAAGGUUAGCAGAGAUGGAUAGAGAUCUCAUGGUAGGAAAGCUGGAAAGAGACCUGUAUACUCAACAGAAAGUGGAGAUACUAACAGCUCUCAGGAAACUUGGAGAGAAGCUGACUGCAGAUGAUGAGGCCUUCUUGUCAGCAAAUGCAGGUGCUAUACUCAGCCAGUUUGAGAAAGUCUCUACAGACCUUGGCUCUGGAGACAAAGUUCUUGCUUUGGCAAGUUUUGAGGUUGAAAAAACAAAAAAAUGACGUGGUGUGAAAGCUUGGGACAUUGAUCACAUUCUAGUAAAUGGCAUUUUUCUUCUGGGGAUUUUGAGUCAUGGCAAAGAAGUCAAGAGAUUCAUGAAAUGUAUUAAUAACCUAAGAAAAGGUGACAGAAAAACAUACUUACGGUUUUUGUUUAUGCCCUUCAUCACUGUGCUUUGUGUAGGGAUUCCCGCUUCAGUGAUCCUGAACUUGUUGGGGUGGAGGGACUCACUAGACCUUAUUCAUUAUAGUUUGUCUGUUUAAGAGAAAACAAAACAGCGUCUCUGCCUGUUUUUAUUAAGCCUCCUUGUUUUUUAGUGCUGAUAGUAAAUGAAAAGAUGUGAACUGACGAUUCUUUUCUGCUCAUAAUUUAUCCCCACUUGUUGGAGUAAAUAAUGUAGCAACAUCAACAGACCUCAUAUGUAUUUGUAGAAUUUUAGAGUUCUAAGUGAUCUUAGAAAUCAUUUUCAUUUUACAAACAAGGAAGGUGAGGCUCAGAAAGGGCGAGUGACUUGCUUAAAGUCACAUUAGAGACAGAGCUGGGAAUAAGACUGGGGUGUCCUGUCAGUUUAGUGUCCAUUGAGUUUUAUUUCUUUAUUUUGUGCUGCUUUUAAAAAAUAAUUAACACAUAUUUGUGCAAGUCCGUGUUUAUGAAAAUUCAAUGUCCCAACAAAAAGUUGUUGCUGAGGGACCAUUCCCCAGCCCGUAAGCGCUCAGUAUGAAUGGUGCCCAUUGUGUCUCUGAGUUUUGAGCUUGGAACAAUGGGAGCCCUGUUGAGAGCCUCCUGAAGUAACUUAACCUCCUGCGUUGUUUCAACCAGGGAAGCAAUUGGAAGUGGCAGCUGGAGGCCCUGCAUGUGUGUGACCUCUUUGCUGAAACCCAGAGAGUGGUGAUUGUAAACUACUAUUUACUCUUCAGUUUUUGGAGAAACACAAAAUAAGUUGAGGAGAAGCUGGUUUCUCUCCUGAGUGUUUACAUCCCUCUGCAUGCUCAAAUAUGUAGAUUUCUCCAUAUGCAUGUACGGCACCUUAUUUUCUAGGCUCUGGCCACUUUAUAUUCUUACACGUUUUUCUCAAUAUUCUUUUUCUUUGUACUUUAUACAAAUUAAAAACAUUUUCAAAGCUUCUUGUGUACUGUAAGCUCUACUAGGUGCUCUGCCAACUGCACAAAUUAGGGGACCUCAGCUACAUUAAUGCCUUAUUUGGAACUUUUAAUAGGUAAUUUUUUAUAUAUUGGUUUAUGAUGGUCAAAAACUCAUUAAAUUGUGAUAAAUUAAGA